AUGAGCACCCUCGCCAUGUACUGCGCGAUGACUCUGAACCUCGUGGAGGAAUGCAGAGAGCUGCACGCCGCCAGAGAGAAGGCCCGGGAAGAAGCGCUGCUUCAGUCGCAGCAGCCGUCGCAGCAGCCACAGUCGCCUGCAACCACCUCCAAGCCUCAGCCGACUAAUUCGCUCUUCACUCCAGGUGACUCUGCGAAGGGCGCCAAGCUGUUCCAGACCCGCUGCGCUCAGUGCCACACCGUUGAGGCUGCUGGUCCCCACAAGGUCGGCCCCAACUUGCACGGUCUGUUCGGCCGCAAGACUGGCUCCUCCGAGGGCUACGCCUACACCGAUGCCAACAAGCAGGCUGGUGUGACCUGGAACGAGGACACUCUGUUCCCCUACCUCGAGAACCCCAAGAAGUUCAUCCCUGGUACCAAGAUGGCCUUCGGUGGUCUCAAGAAGGCCAAGGAGCGCAACGACCUCAUCACCUACCUCAAGGAGUCCACCGCUUAAAUGACCUGAUGUGCUAUUAUUCCCCUCCCACGGCCUUUUCGUUCUGUUCUCUGUUACCCCGUCUCGAGCAAUUCCAAUAGACGUCGGGGGAUUGGUUUGGCGCCGAGGGCUGAUUUUCCGGACCUGGAAG